CAGAUGAGGAAAUGGCCCAAAGUUUCUCAGCAAGUGGCUGUCGGAGCCACACUGGAUCCAGUCGGCCUCGGUCCAGGUUCUCAACACUGACUCCUGAGCUACUGGUCCAGGCUCCAGCCGUCACUCAGCAGAGCCACAGGUUAAAACCCCGACCCCUGCCCCAGCCCCAACGGAAAGGGCAGGAACCGGUCCAACCCAGCGCAGUGAAGACAGCCGUGUGGGCCGAGAGGCGCGCUCGGAGCGUGUACCUUUGCCGGCGUUUUCCGAGCGCAGCUUGGGGGCAGAAGGAUCCAUCCGGCCAGGGGGAGGGGCCGGGCAGCCUGGCGGCGUACCAAACGCGACCGGCGGCGGAGGAGGCGGAGGAGGCGGAGGGCGAGAAGACUGAGUCCAAUGCCGCUUCCUGCAGCACUGAGUACAUCGCCCCGGAAGCGCGGCGCCAGCGGGCGAGGGGGAGCACAGGUGGAGCCCGAGAGGCGGCGUCCAGGGCGGAGAGCGCUGUGAGGCUGCUAGGGCGGCGCUCACCUAGUCGUCUCGCGUUCCGCUGGGUGGGACAGCAAGCCAGCAAUUGGACCCCUCACCCUCCCUCUCAGACUCGGCCCUACAUCUACCUUCCCCGCGACUUUCAGCUCAGACGCAGAAUAUCCCGCGAGAUCAGCCUCCUGAACUGUCACCGGCAUCUCGCGAUAACACAAUCUCGGCUCACAUGGGCGGAGCCAUCUUCCUGCCAUCUUUACCGCGGGAAACCGGUAUCACAAUGUCUUCGACAGUUGCAAGUAUCGCGAAGCUUGAUCUCGCCCGCUUGCCUGGUGCGGGUUUUGAGGAGGCAGAGAGACCCUAAGUCACCUUCCGGCGUGCUCUAGCUGCGGUCUUCUAAGGGCUGACCUAUGGCUGGAGCCCGUCUCCGCGGUGGUGGCCCGCUGGCUGCUAUUGGGUGCUUCCUCCCCGGAGCGCGGUCCGGGGGGCGCCACCCCCACCCUCCCGAAGCCGGCGCUGCAGGACCCCCACGGGACGCUGGGUCAACUGUGCGCUCUCGGGGUCACACAAAAACACACGGUCCUAAAUCAGUUACGGCGAUUUGUGUGACGGGCUGUUUUUGUGAAAGCAUCGCCAGAACUGCACACACUACUCACGGAAUCCUUUCCUUGCCUUUCUACACAUUGCCUGGCGCAUGGCCACCUUCUUUCUGUCUUCAAAGCCAGAGUUGUCGCCUCUCUCUGAGCCUGACCUGAUCACAUCUUCCUCAGAUUGGAGCAGGGUAUAAACUUUGUCAUCCACUGUGUGUGAGAUGCUGGCCCUCACACAUGGUUGAGAGGUUAUGUCAUUUAACCUAAUUGCUUCAGCAUCUUCACCCAUGACAGCAAAGAGACAAAUGACAGUAAUCUACAUAAAAAAGUAUUGUAAGAAUUAAACAGGGAGCAGAUGUGAGUCUUUGGUGAGAGAAAGCCAGCAGAAACUUCAAGAUGACCCUAAUCAGGGAUCUGGAUAGCUGGAUGCCUAGGGGUAAAGUACUGACUGACCACAGGAAAGCAUCCUGGAAAAGAAAGAUGUUUAAGGAGAGCCUGUGCAAUUUCAUUGCAGAUGAACUCAGGACACCUGAGAAGCCCACAAGGGAAUACAUCAGAAAGAAAAAAAAAUAGUGCUAAUAUAAGAGAUAAUCGUUUAUUUUCUUGUUUCUAUGAAGAAUGUUUUUUUGUUUGCAGAUUCCAAUAAUCCAGAGAGUAGAAGAAAUUAUGCCAAAGAUUAAAGUAAAACUUGAAGAAUUGCCUUAAGUAUCUAAUUGUGGUUUUACAAAUCUUCCAUCUUGAUUUGCUAGAAGUUUAGACUCAAUCUUUUGCAAAAUGGUGAAAUAGGGACAGUCUGUAACAACUUUGUCUCCUUCCUUCCUUGUGGUUGCUCUUUCCCUCCCUUGUUGGUGUCCCUUCUGGUUACGUCCGACUGUGCAUCUCCAGAAUCUUCUCUGAUUCCUUCACCACAAUUACUCUGCUCUCUUAAAGAUGCACUAAAUGACUGGCUUGAUAAUCUGCCCUGCAAAGGAUUUGAAACCCUCUAUUUUUCUUUCAUGACACAGAUGCUUAUGGACUACUGGAGUUUUGUUUAAAAAUAUUAAAGCAUAUCU